AUGGUGUCUCCAGCGAUUGCACUGGCCUUCCUCCCCUUCCUCAUCACCCUGCUGAUCCGGUACCGGCACUACCUGGUGCUGCUGUACCGGGCCGUGCUGGUGGCCUGGCUGCGGGACCGGCUCACUGGCAUCCCGCGGGAGCAGCGAGCCUUCCAGUACCUGCUGGCCCACGCCAUCCCCGGGGACCCCCACCACAUCCUGCAGACCUUCGACCAGUGGUGCUACCACUGUGAGCACCUCAGCUGCGUGGGGCCUGCCAAAGGGAGGAUCGUGGAGCGGCUGCUGCUGGAGCGGGCACCAUUGCGGGUGCUGGAGCUAGGCACCUAUUGUGGCUACGGCACUGUGCUGUUGGCACAGGGGCUGCCCCCGGGCGGCCGCCUCUACACCGUGGAGGGGGAUCCCCAGCACGCUGCCGUGGCAGAGAAAGUCAUCCGCCUGGCCGGCUUCGAUGAGCACACGGUGGAGCUGAUCGUGGGCCCCUCAGAGGAGGUGAUCCCCCAACUGCGGGAGAAGCACGGCAUGAUGAAGGCCGACUUUGUCUUCAUGGAUCACUGGAAGCGCUGCUACCUGCGGGACCUGCGGCUGCUGGAGAGCCACCAGCUGCUGGCUGAGGGGGCCACCAUCCUGGCCGACAACGUCCUCUUCCCUGGGGCGCCCCACUUCCUGCAGUACGCCAAGACCUGUGGCAGGUACCGCUGCAAGGUGCACCGCGCCAGCCUGGAGUAUUUCCGCGCCAUCCCCGAUGGCAUCGCCGAGCUCCGCUACGUCAGCGCCCGCUGA